AUGUCAAAGACACAAAUGUCCGGGACGCAAAUGUCCGAGACACAAAUGUCCGGGGACACAAAUGUCCGAGACACAAAUGUCCGAGACAACAAAUGUCCUGGACGCAAAUGUCCGGGGACACAAAUGUCCGGGACGCAAAUGUCCAGGGACGCAAAUGUCAAAGACACAAAUGUCCUAAGUCACUAUCUAUCUAUCUAUCUAUCUAUCUAUCUAUUUCUUCUUCAUAUUUAUCUCAUUCUCUUUAUAUCUAUCUAUUUCAUUCGCUUCAUAUCUAUCUAUCAUUCUCUUCAUAUCUAUCUAUCUAUCUAUCUAUCUAAUCUAUCAUUCUCGUCAUAUCUAUCUGUCUAUCUAUCUCUUCACAUCUAUCUAUCUAUCUAUCUAUCUAUCUAUCUAUCUAUCUAUCUAUCUAUCUAUCACAUUCUCUUCAUAUCUAUUUCACUCUCAAGUUCGGUUAUCUUGGGCAUCCUACCUACGUUUGUGGAUUCGCAUCAUAAUAAGCUCGACUGCGUAAAAGGUUAUCUAUCUAUCUAUCUAUCUAUCUAUCUAUCUAAUGAACGCAUUCUUUUUUUUUUGUACGUGAGGAAGCAUUGA